CUCCGUUGAUUGAGGUGACCGAUGCUUCAAGUCCGCCAAAUCAUCUUUUUCUAGAGGAAACUGGGGCAAAAGUUACGAGGCUUUGUGGCUCGUAAGUGUAUUCUUUUAUUGGCCUGCCGUUUUCGCUAAUUAUAUGCCUAACAUUACGACUGGCUCUUAUCUGUCCUUACCAUGAUUUGCAACGUACCAACGCUUUUUUUUUUUUUGUGUGUGUGUGUGUGUGAAUACGGUGUCUGCAUCCCGAGCAUAGCGGCCCAGGGCUCGUGCAAGGUGGCGUUGCGGGGUUCUCUCGCUUUGUUGGGCUUCGGUUGUCGCACUGACCGUUUCACGACUGUGGCGAUCCCUCUCCUCCGCGGCUAUCGCACCCCGCCAGCCGCGGGAUUCGAGGUGCCUGCGGGAGAGUUCACAGAGGGCUGGACCGGCGGCUUCUGUUUGGGCGAGCGAAAUAGCGGUGCGUUGCGAUUGUCUUUGGCACGAUGAAGUCCUUCUGCUGGAGACCACAGUUUGCGAGGAAAAAGGUUCUGUUCUCAGGCGAGGACCUCCAGUCAAACGCCGAGAUGAGCAGCCAGGCCAAGAUCCGCAGAAAGAAGCAGACGCUCGAGAAGAUCAGCAUGCCCAACUACAGCCAGAAGGACCCGAAGACCUUCCGCACCAGUAUGCACAUGGAAGUAGUCGAAGACAACGAUGAAGGCGCGCACGACACGCAGCCGCCCUCGGAGAACGCGAGCACCAUCGUGAUCCAGACGACGCCCAAGAGCCCCGACGGAGCCCGGGGCACGCCCACCGCCGAGCAGCCACACGAGCAGCGGGACAAGCCGGCCAAGCCCGGCGUAUGGAGCCCGUGGUCGAAUGACACCAGUGUCAGCGAAGUGAAGAUGGAGCAAGCGAACGGUACUCUCAAGGUCAGCGCCGAGGGCGGGAGCGCGUCGUACGCGGCUGACGUCGCGAAUGGCAGCGUCACGCCGGGAUACCGGCCCGUCAAGUUCUCGCCUACGGCGCAUUUGGUGCCGAAUCCGAUGCAGUCGCAGGCACCACAGGACAGAGGAGCCGCCACUCCACCCUCUCCCACAGCAGCGCUCAAGUCUUGCUGGAAUCCCAUUGUAAGCCAGCUCAAGGAGCAGCACUCACCGCGGGCUGAGCAGCACCAGCAGCAGCGGACGCCCCCACUGCUGCCUGCCGGCACCACAGCAUCCCCACUGAGUACCCCAGGAACGCCUCCAAUGGUGUAUCCCAUACCGCCACCCCCGCCUGCGUACCCAGCACAGCAGCCUCACAGGAGCCCCUCAGGCUUGCCCCCAUCUCAGAGCCCCACAGUCACUUUGCUGCAGAAGGCACGAGAAGGCCAGAUUCCCAAGGGAGCCCUUUACAUUGAUGACCACCACGACAACUACGCUGCUUGUGGACAGCGCAAAGGUGAUGAGAAAGGCAAAAAAUCACUUGAGAUGGCUUCGACACUGAAACCUCAACACACAAAAAAGCCACAGCAACGCACGCAUCCACUGACAACACACCCUCGGCGACCUGGUGCACGACCGAACGAGCCAUAUGUGUACGACCAGAGGGUGACAGUGGAAGGUGACAGGGUGCACACUGACACCUACUAUGCCAUGCCUACUGCGAAGGAGGUGUCAUCGGGACACCGCACCACCAUCCCUGCACCGCCGAAGUACGAGGGCAUUGGGCCCACCAUAAAUGGCAUCCCUGUAGGAUUGCGCACUGAGAGGAGGUACCAGAAUGUCAAGGACGAGUAUGCCAGUGAUUGGUACAAGACCAUGUUCAAACGGCUACAUAAGUAUGGAAGUGGUGACUACCAGACUGUUGUUGACUACAGGAGGAGAGGUAACCAACACAGUGACGGAUACAUGUCAGAGCCAGAUUUUUCAAGAGAUGAUGAUCGGCCCAUGUUUGGUGGGAAGGGAGCCAAGAGGGCCAUCAACAGGAGUUAUGCGAACGGCCUGUCCACAAUGCCUGGCUCCUACAAGAUUCAGCCACGCAGUAUAGAAGAAUAUGAACCUGGCCACUCAUCUAUUGCUGAAAGAGAGGCGGCCUUUAGCUCUCGGUACUUGCCUCCUUUGGAUACACCAAAGCCAAAGUACACCCUGAGUGAUGGCUAUGAGUCUGACUCAACACUGAUUCGCAAGACUGGCAGCCGGAUGAACCACCUGGACUCUCGUCAGCAGCGGGAGUGGUACAAGGCAGUACAGCGUGGAGAAGACAUACCACUCGAAGGUCUGGGAAAACCAGCGCCCCAGAAGCCACCAGAGCCUGUCAUUGGACCGUACCCUCCUCCGGACAAUUCUGACCUCGACGAAUAUGAAGCUCAGCUUCACCGCUACCUGGAGUCACAGGUAAACAUUCACUACCAGACACCUGUGCGCACAGAGGAGAAGGAGUACAUUGAUGAAGAGGAGCUUCGUCGGAGGCAAGAAGCUGCUAUGCGAAAGUUUUAUGAGGACGAGUUCCACAAGAAGCAGCAGCGCCAGUCAGCAGAGCUGGAAAUGAGACGGCACAACGACAACUUGUUGCCAUCACAGAAGUCUCCAAUCCCGCUCGACCGGUACGAGAACUCUUUCGAGCCGACUGUGAGUCGAACAUACCGACCAUCCGAGCCGAAAACCCUGGCAAAGGUGCUAUACAACUUCUUUGCCCAAUCCCCCAAGGAGAUCAACCUGCGCAAGGGCGACCUCGUGUACAUCCGGCGCAAAGUGGACGCCAACUGGUACGAAGGGGAACACCACGGCCUCGUCGGCAUCUUUCCCGUCAGUUAUGUUGAGGUGAUUCCUGCUGAAAGUGCGCACCUGCAGCCAAAGCGUGCUCUGGAAGGCUUGGCCCGUGCCAAGUUCAAUUUCUCGGCCCAAACACCUGCUGAGCUGUCCCUCUUCAGGGGUGAGACAGUGGUGUUGGUGCGGCGAGUCGAUGCCAAUUGGUAUGAAGGCCGCAUGGGCACCAAGCGAGGUAUCUGUCCUGCUGCGUACCUUGAGGUCAUAUCGGAGCCACAAGAGAUAGUGCCAACGACUGUGUCACCCAAGCCACCUGCAAGUCCAGUGUACGGCCCCAUUGUGAGUGAUGCCCGGCCCCAGAGGAGUCCAGCCAGCUACAGCCCACAGGGUCGUCGCAAGGAGAGCCCCCUGCUGACAUCAAGCGCUUUGCACGUGGACAGCUGCGAGCCUAUAUCGUACCGUGUGCUGUACAGCUACCGGCCUCAGCACGAAGAUGAGCUGGAGCUUCGGGAGGGUGACACAGUGCUGGUGAUGGAGAAGUGCGACGAUGGAUGGUACCUGGGAAGCUCUCUGCGCACGGGCCUCUUUGGCACCUUUCCCGGCAACUACGUCGAACGGAUAUAAGCAGCGUGCCACAACAUGGAGAGUCCAGGAGCAGAAGGUGAUGUCCCUGCUGGUCAACAAUCACUGCACCUCUCAAGCACUGUGCGCUGUGAAGCUUACCUGCAGCUGAUGUUCAUGGCUACCUUUGUUCUUUCGUUGUUAUCUGUCAUUUUUUGCCUUGAGGCAGUGAGCGUACUUGCUCUGGCCCCUAAGGGGUGUCUUAAUUCCCAUCCACUUGGUGCCAGACGUCUUCGAGAUGGUGACUUUGUGACCGUUCACUGGGUGCCUGUUGUAACUAGUUCUUGAACUGACUGUGGUCACUUUAGCUGAAGAGUUGGAAGAGUAAUCAUGAGUGCACUCAUAGACUAGGUGAGAAACUAGUAGGGCGUAGUAUAACUGCAAAAGAAACUAAUAGGCUGUACUUGAAUAGUUUAGGUAUGGUUUUCUUUAUUUUUUUUCUGUAUAAUUAUUGCAAAUGCUGUCUGUGUUUUAGAACAUUUAUGUCUUGUUAAUGUUGAAGUUUUGUUUUAAUUGUUGCUUUUGAACACUUCUCUUGUUUGGAUAGCUUCAAAGUAAGGAGGCGGCAUGCGACUGUUAUUGCCGAGGUGAUUUUGUCCUUGUCGCACUGAAGGCCACUCAUUUUUAUUCAGCCCCCACCUGCAUAAAUGUACGGGUUCCAUCUCAUCUUGAAAGAGCAAAGACUGAAUUAGUGUCGACCAGGAGCAGCAUUUUGCACAACAUUGCCAACCAUAAGCCUAAGCCACAGCACGCAGUUGUGCGAAACAUUGCACGUGUAUAGCAUUUGCCCAUGCAUUCUGCUUCCUUCCAUCUCAUUGGAGCAAUUGCAAGGCAUUAGUUCAUAGCAUACAUGUUUUAAAUCAUAAGUAAACUUACUUUAUUUCACAAUUGUCAGUUGAAUGCGAAAAGCGGCAUUAUCAAAAUGAAUACAGUAGAACCUCGUUUGUACGUUGUGGAAAAAACCGCCAGAAAAAACACACUAAUUGGGAAAACGUAUCAUCCGAAGUAACUAAAAAAAAAAUUCUAUGGACUCGCCUAUUGUUGACAUCUACAUACUGCAAAGCAUCGCACGGAUCGUUGCGGCACGAGACGGCGACGCGCGUGGAGCUGGUAGUGCUCCAGUGGCCCGAGAUGCUUUUUGUUGAUUUCCAAUUGCGUGUUGUUUUAAGAGAGGGCAACGGGAAACCAAAACAAAAUCGAGCUGGUGGGCGAUGCCGCUUGCCACUGAAGCAAAACGUGAUGCCCAGAUCGCACCACCUGCAGCAGGGAACGGCAACGUGCUUGCAUUAUCGUCUACUAAAAGCAUGCAGUACGCUACCAAUGGCACUACGCACCACACGCUGUAAAACAGAUAGGUGAAGAUGCUUAUUGCAAUAGGUUUGGCUGCAAUAUCUGUGAAUGUGGCGUGCGACGACCCGGGUGGAAGUUUGCUGGUACCGAAAUGAGAAACUGAGUGUGCGCCGGUGUUUUUACGUGAGACGGGCAGGCGAGUAUUAUGGUGAAGCCACUGCAGUGGGCAGCUAUAUACUGUUCUCAAUCGCGUGCGCCUCGUGCAUUUUCUUGUUUACAUGGGAUCUAGCGGCCACAAAACGUAUCGUGCGAUCACAGUUUGGCAACGUACUGAACGUUGGUGCCGAAAAAUCGUGUUUUCCGGGAACGUAUGAACCGGUAAAAAAUGAGCGUAGCUCUAUUGGGUCAUUUUUUUGUGUUCGCGAUUGCGAAUGUUGGUGCUGGGAAAACGUACGUAAUGGGAACAUAUCAACGAGGUUCUACUGUAUUUAUGGCUUGUUGGCCAUGAGUGGAGUUGAAGCGUGAAAUGUCCCAAGGGACAGGGAACCGGACAUAGACAAGCAGUUGUCUAUGUUUGGUUCCCUGUCCCCUGUGCCAUCUUGCACUUCAACUGUACUCGUAGAUCACCAACUGGCCUGCUCCCAAGCCUUAUUGGCCAUUUUUCAAAGCAUAGCAGGCAGUGGGUUGUCUGUUCAAAAUAGUCACUGUGGAGUCCCGUGGCUGCAGUGGCUUCGGUUCUUUGCUUCUUUUUUCGUUUUAGUUUGUUGCAUUUCUCUGUAAACAAAGCCCCAGACAUUGCCAUUUUAGAGUCCUGCUUAAAAUUUGUAAUUUACAGGUCACAAGCUUAGAGAGACUUUUACUCCAAGUCUUUUGCACACCUUAACCUUUGUAAAUGCUUUUCUCAUAAAAAAAAAAGUAUUUUUAGUUAGGCACUCGUAGUGGAGGGUUCUGCUAUGGUAUUUUAAUGGUAUAUGUGAUGUAGAUGAGGCAUGGUUACAGGAUUGUGUUGGAAUUCACGGUUGUCAUCAGGUUUUUUGAAAAUGUCAUUGCUUAUGUCAUGACCUCAUUUAGUUUCACUACAUCAUUGCCAGGCUUGCUUGGAGCACAGUGGAGAAUUGACAAUAGUAGAGAAUGUCAGGUUUUAUUUUCGGAAACAUUACAUAUGGCGGAACACAGGCUGAAAAAAUGCUUGCAUUCCUUACAAAAUUUGGCCAUCACUAAAUGUGCAGACAUCUUUAGUUAGUGCAGAAGUGGUGCUGCUAGGGAGCAGCACAGAAUUGUCUUUCCAAAAAACUAUGGCGCAAGAUUUCUUAUAAAAAGUUGAUUAAAUGCAUGAAAAGGGCAGUGCUAGCCUUUAUUCAGUUCAGCCUUGCAUGUGGCUGUGGUGUUUUGUCGCCACUCUUGCAGCACUUGCAUGUGAUGUCUGUUGAGCACAUUUUUUUCUUAUGUGCAUAUUUAAAUGAAGCACUUUCUACCUUUAGGAUUAAUUCUUUUAUUUCAUAUAAGAACAUGUUUACAUUGGGGGGGGGGGGGGGACAAGAAAAGCAAUGUUUUUUUUAUUAAUAUAUUAUUUCUUUCUUUAACUUUCCCACAAAUGUAUCAUAGCUUCACAUCCCUUUGAACCUAAAACGUAGCUGCUUCUCAGCAUUCAAUAUAGAACUUGUUGUUGGUGAGUAACAGCAUCUUUGUUUGAAAUUAGUGGGCUUUUAUCCCUUCUUCAAAGAAGAAUGUUGUGAUGCUUUACAGUAGCGGUUUUUAAAGCUUCUGGGAAAAUGUAAUAGUAUGUGUAGGUUGCAGAAUGUUCAGGCAGCUUUUUUUUAAACUUCAGAAGCUCAAGUGCCAAGCCCUCUGAGUGAGAAAGUUUGCUCUUGGCUGCUCCCUGUCUCGUAGUGUUUUUGUAAGGCACCAUACGGAAAGACUGCAUCGAAUUUGUACGAGUAAGUUUUAACAGAGUGUACUUCCCCAGUAUUUUGUCUAAGCCAAAGACUCUGCUUUUACAUGAUGCUAAGCCAUCUUGUGAUUCUUGGUGGUGGUUCCGUCAAGUGUCCUGAUCAAGCAAAAGGUUGUGUUUUCAUAUGCCUUCCAGGCUGUGAAUGAAGAUUAGCCACGUUCAGCUUUGUACUAUGGCAGCUGGUUUGCAGAUUACGUUAACGAGUUUUGCAUGAAUGUAUGAGGAUUAAUGUGCUCACACACUAUCUUGUGCAUUCUGUUUAUUGUGUGUGCGCACACUGGUACAUAACCUUAUAAUUUUUCAAGGCACCUAUGAGUCGUUUAUUUCUUUUUCUGUGGUGUUUUAAUUGCUGCAUGAGGAAAAUUCUUGGGUCACUAGCAUUACGUAAACCUGCUAAUAUUCAUGCGCACAUGGGCCAAAUAUUGGCCGAAUUCUAUUUCUGAUAAUGUGUUUGUUCUUUUUGUUCAUUGUGAUUGUCUUGGGCACUGCAUCGCUGGCAUCGCUGCCAGAACUGGCGUGAAAGCUGGUAACAGUGGAAUGGAAUCAAGUGAAGAGAACCUUUGUGUUAUUUUGGAGCUGCUUAACCUGUUCUAGACUGUUCUCCUCACAGAUACACAAAUCAACGUAGAAUGCUUGUCACCUUGUGCAACAUGUACUCUUCAUUUCUAGUGGUUUAUGUCCAGAAUCACCAGAAACUGGUGCAAAAAAUAAUGAGCCUCUAGAGUGCCUUGUGUUGCUGGAAAAUGAUGUCCAAACCUUAACUACACUAUGUGCUGGCAGACCAAACAUAUGUUUGUAUAGAAUCGUUUGUGUUUAGAUAAUUUGGUUGGAGGCUGGCCAUUUUUCUUUGUGUAUAAGUGUUUGGUCACUGCCUCCAUAUUUUGAGGUCUGUAUGCAGGACCGCUGAGAGGACAAGAGAGGUGUGCUUCUUAGGGAUACAAACAUUGUUCAUUAAGCUAGUCAUUGAGCAGUCGAUGUAGCCGAAAGGCCCCUGAUAUCUUUCCUGAUGAAACUUGCAAAGUAGAAACUGUCCGAAAGAGUACAAUAUAAUAUAAGAUGGAAGUCAAAGCUUUUCGGUAGAGUUUCAUAGUUGCAUGUAAACGAUUUUAUGCUGAGCCUAAGCUGUCUGCCCUACUGCUUAUAUAUGCCUUGGUGGCUCUGCAAGACUAUGCACAGUGGCAGUUCCUUAAUGAAAAACACAGGCAACUAGAAGAGAGUAUUUAUGUCUAUUCCUACAGUCGCAAGUAUUAUUUUGCACACUUGAUUGCCAGCUAUUGGUGGCAUUUAACAGUACAAAUAAUAAGAGGCUUUGCAACUUUGCACAACCAUUGUUUGAUUUCCCUUGCAGUUAUACAUGCACUGCGGGAAAAUGUAGAUACAGAGCACAAAAGUGAGUUGUUGGCUGGGUCAAACGUAUGAGUAGACAAACUUGAAUAUCUAGAAGGUGCUGUAAAAGUAAAUGACUCGUCUCUCCCUGGUUAGCUGGGAAGGCAGCAAAGUGCAGAUAGCCUAUUUUAUGUUAAUAUUGCAUGAAGCCAUUAUGUAAUUUGUAUGUGCACUCUUGCUUCACUUGCAUAUCUUGAAAAGUACAGCAAAAGUACUAGAAUAUUGUGGCCUGUUAGGUAGCAGCUGUGUGAAACACUUGCUGUAUGGAAAAAAGAAAGUGUUCUCAGUCUUGUCAAGUUUGGCCCGUAGAUAUCGGUGGCUGAAGUGCAAGUGCAGUCGGAACUUUUAUUUAUAAUUUAUAAUUUAUUUAUAUGAAAAUUUGGUGUGCAUUAGCAUCAGACCUUUCUCUGCGUACAAUAAGAAGGGGUUGAGAAGGACUUGCGUCACCGAGUGCUUCAUCUGUGCUAGUAAUGUCCUUGUGUUUUAAAUAUUCACACUAUGAUAUAUGAUGCAGCUCAUUUGGUAAGCUGCUGAGCUGGUUUAACUAGGAACAGCUCCAACUGCACACAAUUUCUAACUGCAUUGGACACAUGUGAUUGUGAGCUUGAGUGCUAUUAAUCAUUACUGUUGCACUUACAUGCCUAACAUCCCACACUGUUCACAUCAUUUGUCAUGAAUUUAACAUAUUACAGUGUCUGAUAAGUCUUAAGCCCCAUGCCGAAUGUGUAACAGGCAUCACUGACCUUGUUUUGUCACUAGCUUUGUUUUGUCUCAGGAAAAAAAAAACAGGAAUCCACAGUACUCUGCAUAGUUGUAGUUAACACUGAACCUUUGUUAUAUUGCAACAGAUGACUGUAAAUGCUUUUCAUAAUAAUGCAUCUUCUUGCACUGUCUCUGUAAUCAUACAUACUCACGCAUUUGUUUAAAACCUCCUCACUGCCAGUGUCUACAUUUCUGGACAUCAAGGUUAAGGUUUCAUACUUUUGAGUCACUCCAAAAUUCAAUCCUCUAGCACCUCAUAGAGCACACAUAUGACAUAUAGCAUGCUGGCUCAGGUGUAAUAAUCUUUUAUGGACCAGUACCGUUCAUGGGCAUUAGAGUAUGGUUUGAUGAUUGGUCUGCACUAAUGUGGACUUUGGCAGUGACAAGGUUGUAAAAACGAGGAAACAGCUUCUUUCCAGGGCAGUCAUUUGAAAUACAUAACGAAGGUGUGAUUUGUGCCAACUUCGUAUUGUGAGGUGAAAAUUUUUUUUUGGAUGGAGCAUGAUUAAUGGCAUUCCACAAAUGUAAUAAGUUGAAUCUCGAUAUAACUAACACAGAUAUAGCCGAUAAUUUGAAGUAAAUCUAUACUUUUGUUGGCCAUGCUUUAUUUCAGAGUAUUCUACUGCUAUAACGAAAUGCCAAAUUCAGAGGUCAUAUUGGUUACAGGAGCAAGUAUUUUUCUCACAGCUUAGAAUGUGGAUUGUGCUAGCAAAAAUGUCAGCAAGAGCAAACAGCACAUUCUAGAUGUGCAUGUGUGUUUUGGUCAGCAGCAUGGCUUGGCUUCUUGAAGUUUGGAAGCUAAUGUUCCGUUUCUGAGUGACCACACCAAUCACAUGGUUAUGUAUAUUAAUGAUGGUGCAAAGUGCAUUUAUAAUUUUGCAUUGUUCACAUGCUACGUAUUGGCACGGUAUGCUGCUGACAUGCCGUAAAGGUUGGUAGGAGACCUUUUACUGACCAUCAGAGGCAUAACAUUUGCACUUCCAUUGCAUAGACCCAAUCAUAAUUCUUUUCACCUAUGCCAGUGUGUACACUUCUUACGAAUAUAGGAUAUAACGAAGAUAUUUGUGUCAGAUGUGACUUUGUUAUAAUGAGGUUAGAUUUUAAGUGAUGUAAGGGUGAGCAUUGGUUUUGUGACCAUGUCAACUUUUUCGUAGUUCAUGCCAUGUGGUUUAUAACACAUUGUGAUGACCUGAUGUCUUCUCUUGCUUCCUGCACCAGGUGUUUUGUUUAACUCCUGUUUCGCUCUACUAAAUGUGGUGAACUUUUGUUAUGGGAACUACCGAGGUUGAUGCCGUUUGUGCUUUUUGUAAUCUUUCCAAUCCGUCCUAUCGAGAUGGCUUCACUCUUAUUCACUGUUGGCCGUUUUACGGCUUUAAAACUUCUCUGCAGCAAUCAUUUAAUAUAAGUGCUUGACAGCCUCGAUUAUCCCUCCUUUGUACUUUGCACACACGAAGUGCCAGCAUGUGUCUUUUGUCUUAGUGUGACAGUCAUCCUGAAAUAGAGCUGCUUAUUUUGUUAGCGACAGCAUAGUUACUGGCCUCCACAAAACAUUCAAAAUUCCGGGUCUCAUUUUGAAGAAUGAAAACCCGCAUUCUUUUAAUCUUCGUGCUUAAACGCAAAUCUCAACUGGAUAUUGGAGCUGAUUUGGCAUCUUUGCAGCCACUGCUUGGCAACAUGAAGUAGGACUCGUUCACCUGAUUAUCAGAUGCGUUUAUUUCUUGCUGGAACCAAAUGAAGGAAUUACAGGGCCUGCAUGUCUAUGACCUUUUUGUUUGAGUUGGCUCACCAAUGCAUGCAUGUUUGCAAAAUAUGUAGACAUUGACUGCACAUAAGGUUGGUAGUUGAGAAGUAUAGCUCUAAAAAUCCUGGGCUCUUGGUACAACAUGCAGCACAAGAGCACUGCAUCCACAGUUGGUUCCAACUUGUAUGUGUAUGCCCAGUCAUGCUGUGCCAGCAAUGGGUAGUACGUAAGGACCACAUUUCUAAUAUGUUUCAGCUAGUCAUAAAAAAUGUAAUUGCAGGCAGAGAAAAAGAAGUUACUGGCAGUAGUGCUUCAUAGAACUCUAUUUCCCUUGUGCAAAAUAGAACUUACUAGAGGCUGCUAGUUAGGCUGCUUGCCCUGUCUUAACGUGCCUUUGCGAAACUUGGUUCUGGAAGAAAAUGUUUUUAGAGUAGUUUCUUCAAACCUUCCUAAGGUGAUUUAGUGGCACCACCUAGAGCAACAUCAGCUGUUGACCAGUUGCACUGUAUCACUUGUCUUUGCUUUUUUUGAAAAGUUGCCUGUGUCACCUGCUAAUGGUGCAUCUGUGCACUUUGCUACUGAAAGGAAUUUCAAAUGGAGUGCCUAGAGUAUUUGGAGAGAAGAGCUUCAAAUAAGAACAUGGCCAGGCUUGCAUGUCGGAUAGGCUUGCAUGUGGAUUUGCCAAACACAGUGGAGGAUUUGCUGGAACAGUACCAUGGCAUCAUCUGUCACUGUAGCGGUGAAAAAAAGUGCACACAGUGUUUUGCUUGUAAUCUAUGGUGUUGCUCUAACAAUGACAGAUGGCACAACCAUUCUGUUCGUGUAAAUUCUACACUAUUUGCCAGCAUCGUCGUAGGCCAACACAUACUUUAUUCUGAAUGAAUGAAACCGGCAAGUAAUACACCAAGACAUGAUAUUAAAAUGCAUCCACCAUGAAAUGCCUCUUCUGUGUGAAGUUUGAGUGCAAGUCAGCCAGGCGAUUUAUUAAGUAGAGUAAUGUACACCUGCAGUCACAUUUAGGCAACAUAUUGUCAAUACAAGGGCAAGGAGGUGAGGUCUUAAUGGUGUACAGGCGAUGUUCUUGUUCUUGAAGCUCUCAUGAAUACAACCGCUAAUGCCUUUUCUUAUGUCAGUGUUACUGUGCCGUUGUGCGUCAAAUUAAUGCGCUAGAAAAAAUAUAUGGCAGAGUGCUGCCCCCUGUUAGGUGCACAUCAUAGUGCCCUGUGAGCUGCAAUGCAUUUGACGCCGUCUAGUCAUGGAGUUACCACGACCCCUCUUAAUCAUGGUUGAGUGGUCUGUGCUAUGCAGUAUAUUGUCUGCGAGAUUGUUUAUCUGCUCUGUUGGACGUGUGUAGCCAUGGCUGGUACAAUGCACCCUUUCUGUGGCUAUUGUAUUUUUUUUAUUAUUUCUUUUGCUUGAAUAAAGUUCAUUUCGUCCGCGUU